CCCCGCCCGCCGCGGCUGCCGGCUGCCGGGAGUCCCGGGCUGUCGUGCGCUUGGGCUCCAGACUUGGGUAGCUCAGCGAGGCCGUGGACCUGCGUCUGCCCCGCGACCAGUAUCUUUGGCUUUGUGAGGCCCCAGACCGGACACCGGUCUCUUCCAGAAUGAAGGUCUUCCUGCCCAUGCUGCUGGCUGCCCUGCUGGGUGUGGAACAAGCCCAUUCCCUGGUGUGCUUCUCGUGCACGAACCAGAACAGUAACUUCUACUGCCUGAAGCCGACUGUAUGCGCGGACUCGGACAGCUACUGCGUCACAGUGUCCGCCUCUGCCGGCCUCGGGAACCUGGUGGACUUCGGCCACACCCUGAACAAGGGCUGCUCCCCGAUCUGCCCCAGCCCCAGCAUCAACCUGGGCGUGGCGUCCGUCGGCACCUAUUGCUGCCAGAGCUUCCUAUGCAACCUCAGCACGGCCGGCCGGGGGCUGCAAGCCAGCACCACAGUGCUGGGCCUCGGGCUCCUGCUCAGCCUGCUGUCCGCCCUGCAGCGGCUCGGGCCCUGACCGCUGGGGCCCAGCAGCUGGCCCAGGCUCCCCCAGCUCAGGAAGGAAGGCCCGC